UACUUGCUGGAGGACGGCGAUGGUUUAGCGUCGUCGGCCGCGGGAUAAUUCGAAUCGCGCUGCGAGAGCGCCAAAGAGCAUGGAUGACUCCUUCGCAGAGUAGGGGAAGACGGAAUUGGAUGAAGGAGCAAGCUUAAAGCCAAAUAGGAACAUAACUGGCAACCAGCCAAAGCUGAUAGAAGACAUUCUAUGGCAAGAGGAUUUGAAGGCCCUACCUGCUAUUCUUUUUCUUCUGUCUAUUCAACUGUACCCACCUACAAAUGAGUUGCUUUUUCCUUAGACAUUUGUGAAUUACAAAAUAAUACAACAUGACAAAACGUGACGCUUUCCUUCAAGCUGUAUUUAAUGGUGCCAUCGAAGAGUUCUUGCAUUUUAUCCAGCUUCAUAAAGAUGCUGCUGAUUCAUUUGAUCUCAAUGAGCUGCUUCAAGAAUUAUCAAGGAAACAGAAAGAAGCAUUAUGGGAAAAGUUAAAGCACUUGUUAACACAGGUUUUGGUAGACGAUCCAGUAGAAGAAUGGCAGAAAAUUAGAGAAGAAUGUGAUGAUGACAUGGAAACAGAAAGAGCUGCUAAAAAGGAACGAACUACCGCUAUAAUUCAGAGUGUGAUAACUGUGGUUACUUCUUCCAUACCUAUAGCAGAUGAAAAUAUAAACUUCAAAGCUCUUUUAGAGUGUGCACUGAUAUUAAAUGGCAUUGUUUAUGCAUUACCAGACUCUGAAAAAUCUCUUUUGAGAGCCAUCCAGUGCCUCUGUGAACGGUGGUGGGAAAAGGGACUUGAAGGAAAAGAAGAGUUUGGAAAAACUGCUUUUGUUAUGCUUCUGAAAAACAAUCUUGAAAAGAAAACUAUUGUGGGGGCAAAUAUAAUCCAUCUGUGGCGUCUUCACCGGGCUUUACUGUGUUUUGAUUAUGACCUAGAAGAGAGUAAUGAAGUGAAAGAUCUGUUACUUCAGUGCUUUAUGAGUGUGAACCAUAUUAAAAAAGAAGAGGGAAGAAGGUUCCUGAGUUUUCUUUUCACAUGGAACGUAAACUUCAUUAAAAUGAUACAUGGGACUGUUAAAAAUCAAUUGCAGUGUUUUUCUAGGUUCUUGAUGACACACAUUGCUGAAGUUUAUUUCAGAGCUUGGAAGAAAGCAUCUGGGGAGAUACUAGAGGUUAUUGAGCACAGCUGUAUUCAGGAUUUCAUGCAUCAUGCAAUUCAUCUUCCCAGGAAGUCUCCACUGCACCCCAAAGUGCGAGAGUUUCUAAGCUAUUUCCAUAAACAAAAUAAAUGUCGGCAAGGAGUUGAAGAAGUUCUCUACAGACUUUAUCAACCCAUUCUUUGGAGAGCUUUAAAGGCCAGAAACUCUGAAAUUCGAUCAAAUGCAGCAUUGCUAUUUGUAGAUGCAUUUCCCAUACUGAAUCCAUCCUUUAACAAAGAAGAAACAGAUAAUGAAAUCCAAAGGCAAUUUGAUGAACUUUUUUCUCUCUUAGAAGAUCCACAACCUCUAGUCCGCUCAACAGGGGUGCUUGGUGUUAGUAAAAUAGCUUUCAAAUACUGGGAGAUGAUUCCUGCAGCUGUGCUUGCUGAACUUUUAAAAACUCUAAUUGAAAAUCUUGCAUUUGAUACAACUUCAGCUGAUGUUCGGUGCUCUGUUUUUAAAUGUUUGCCUAUAAUUUUGGACAACGUACUAAGCCACCCAUUACUGGAACAGCUUCUGCCAGCCCUGAAAUACAAUCUCCAUGACAAUUCAGAGAAAGUUAGAGUGGCUUUUGUAGAUAUGUUGCUGAAAAUUAAGUCUGUCAAGGCUGCUAAGUUUUGGAAAAUCUGUCCUAUAGAGCAUCUCUUAACUCGCCUUGAGAUUGAUUCACGACCUGUAUCACGGCGCCUAGUAAAUCUUCUGUUCAGCUCAUUCUUACCUAUCGAUCAACCUGAAGAAGUAUGGUGCGAGCGCUGUGUUACACUAAUCCAAAUGAAUCCAGCUGCUGCUAGGAAGUUCUAUCAGUAUGCCUAUGAGUACACUAGCCCAACCAACAUAGCUAAAUUGAUGCUUACCAUCCAGAGCUGUUUGAAUGCUUGUAUCCAACAGGGAUUAAAGGCAGCCAACAGCGAUGAUGAAGACAGCGAGAAAGAAAAUAUCAGGGUGCCAAAUAAUGUUCUGUCGAUUGAUGACAUACCUUCUAUGGCAGGCUUACUUGAAAUUAUUGUAAUUCUCUGGAGAAGCAUUAGUAAAGCACUUGAUUGGAACGAAGGAGCCAAAAAUCAUAUCAUCCGAAAGUUUGCUUCUGUGCUACCUGAAUAUUUAAAAGUAUUUAAGGAUGACCGUUGUAUAUCUCCAAUAAUUAUCCUGGCGUCUUUCAUGUCACCUGCUGCUAUUCCUGCAUUCAGUUGUGGUGUGAUCUCCAAAUUAAAGAAUCUGGAAAAUGGUGCCUCAAAAAACAAAUACUCCACCCUGCUUGACUGUCUGUGUCGCUGGGGGAAAGUGGGACAUCUUCUUGAAUUAAUCUGUGAUUGGAUAUCUCCUGAGCUGAAUAAGAGAGAGAGUAAUGGGGCUGCUGAACGGCGAGUACAUAUCCAAGAAACACAUGAGCCAAAACCAGAAUUGGCACUUGAUUAUAUAGAGUACUUACUGACUCAUUACAUGAAUCGGGAUUGUCUUCUUUCACUCCCCAAAGAGAAAUUGAAUCAGCUUUUGAAAGUUCUUGAAGCUGCAAAGGAUGUUCUAGACUUGUAUAUCGGAGAAACAGAUACAGGGUCUCCUGGCAUUUACCAAGCAACUGCACUGAGAGCCUUCAGUUUGUAUUGCAGAUUAAAUAUACAUCUUCAGUACAAGUUUGCAUCUGAAGGGCAGGAUUACCUGUCAGCUUUGAUGGAAACAGGGGCUUGGAUAGAAAAUAGUGUUCUACCAGCAUUUUUGAGAGAUGAGCAGGAGAGCAGCUUACAACAGUGCAGUGAAAUUUCUCAAGUGGUUAUUCAGAUCUACCUUACAGUGUGUAAAGAUCUUACAGCUGUUGGUCUUGCUGAUGCAGAAUUUCAAGCCAACCUUCUAAACAUGGCAUUUGUAAUCAUACAUGGAGACAGAGGCUACAUCUUCAUUCCAAUGUUACUUUGUAUCCUGAGAGAGAUGGUUGAAGCAUCUUCAACCUAUUACAGUAAGGACCAUGACAAUUUGGUGGAGUUUCUUGACAAUCUUCAGAAGUUGUUCCAGAAAAUUCUGGAAUGUUUGGCACGCAGACUCAGAAGGCAACAAGAGGAAGGAAUUCAGUUAAUCCACUCUGUUCAAGAACCUCUUGGAGAAUUCAUACAUAUGGUCCAAUGUUGUGCUUUGACUUCUUCAGCGGUGCAUCAAGGAGUCCUUUCUUCCCUGUUAGCUGCCGCAGUUGUAGAGAUAGGAUAUACCUUACAAAAAAAGGCAUCACAUUCAGAAGACCUAAUUCCACCUAAGACCUUUUCAGAUCUCCCUCCCUUAUCAAGUUUUUUAAUGGCAAUCAUGAAUAAAUCGGCAAAUGUAGUCAGAUCUUUUUUUAAUGAAUUAAUGGACUAUAUUAAUUCUGAAGAAAUUGAAGGAAUUAUUAGCAUUUCAGCAUCGGUAUAUAUUGUUGCUUUACUUAAAGGUAAGGAAAGGCCCUUGCAUGUAAAGAAUAUAGCAUCUACCCUUCAAAGAAAGCUAACUUCAUACAGUGAGAAUACCAAGGAAGAUAUUAAUAGCAUUCAGAGAACCCUGUGCAAAACAGCUCUGCGAAUUCUGGAUGAAAUACUGAGUUCUUGACCACAUGAUUACUUGCAAAUCAAGGAAACAGGAUCAAUGAUUCCAAAGAUACCCAAAUAACUGUGCAGUGUUUUUCCUUAAAAAUAAUGCUAUUUUGAGUGCUGGUCCCUGUAACAGACACUCUUGAAAAAAAGAAAUCAUAU